GGCCGUUUCUUCAUCUUCCACCAAACCCUAAUUUCAAUCAAUUUCAUCUUCUUUUCCACUUCUUUCACACCGGAAAAUGGAUCGAAACAACGACACCGCCGCCGUCACCGGAGGAGGAGCAAGACAACUAGUUGACGCAUCUCUUUCAAUCGUUCCCAGAUCUACACCAUUAGAAGACUCAACACUCGCAACAACCUCAUCUACGACGGCGGUGACGACUACAACGAAGCGGUCGACUAAAGACCGUCACACGAAAGUCGACGGAAGAGGACGGCGGAUUCGUAUGCCGGCGCUUUGUGCGGCUAGGGUUUUUCAGUUAACGAGAGAGUUAGGUCAUAAAUCUGAUGGUGAAACUAUUGAAUGGCUUCUUCAACAAGCUGAGCCAGCGAUUGUUGCUGCUACAGGUACAGGAACUAUUCCGGCGAACUUUUCUACUUUAAGUGUUUCGUUACGAAGUAGCGGUUCGACUCUCUCUGCUCCGCCGUCGAAAUCGGUGCCGCUCUACGGUGCUCUUGGAUUGACUCAUCAGUACGAUGAACAAGGAGGCGGCGGAGUGUUUGCGGCUCAUACGACGCCGCUUUUAGGGUUUCAUCAUCAUCUUCAACAGAACCAUCAUCAUCAGAAUCAAGAUCCGGUGGAAACAAUUCCUGAAGGUGAGAAUUUCUCGAGGAAACGGUAUAGAUCGGUUGAUUUGUCUAAAGAAAACGAUGAUCGGAAACAGAACGAGAAUAAGUCUUUGAAAGAAAGUGAAACGCCGGGUCCUGCGGCGGCGCCGAUGUGGGCGGUUGCUCCGCCGAGUAGGACUGGUGCUGCAAACACUUUUUGGAUGCUUCCGGUACCGACAACGACCGGUAAUCAAAUGGAGAGUAGUAGUAACAAUACCGCCACCGCAGGCCACCGUGCUCCUCCUAUGUGGCCAUUUGUGAACUCUGCUGGAGGAGGAGGAGGAGCGGGUGGGGGAGGCGGAGCAGCGACUCAUUUUAUGGCGGGAACGGGGUUUAGUUUUCCGAUGGAUCAGUACAGAGGAAGUCCACUUCAAUUAGGUUCGUUUCUAGCUCAGCCGCAACCGACUCAGAACUUAGGUCUAAGUAUGCCGGAUUCGAAUCUCGGGAUGUUAGCCGCUUUGAACGCGGCUUAUUCGAGAGGCGGAAACGCAAACGCGGAUGCUGAACAAGCGAACAAUGUGGUGGAGCAUCAAGAGAAGCGGCAACAGAGUGAUCAUGAUGAUGAUAGUAGAGAAGAGAACUCAAAUAGCUCUGAGUGAGUAAUGUAAACUAAUCUUGUGAAAGCAUUGAAUUUGGUAAGAAAUUGAAUUUAAGCGU